AUGGAUCAUCAACAUCAUGGAAUAACCACAGGUCAAACUAAAACCCUAGCAUCAUCAUCAUCAUCAAUAUCAUCUUCAACUUCAAGUGGUAAUAAUGAUGAUAACAACAAGAAGAUGUAUAGAGGUGUGAGAAAAAGGAAGUGGGGAAAAUGGGUGUCUGAAAUAAGGCUACCAAAUAGCCGAGAAAGAAUAUGGCUAGGAUCAUAUGAUUCACCUCAGAAAGCAGCAAGAGCAUUCGACGCUGCACUUUACUGUCUUCGUGGUCGCCAUGCAACUUUCAAUUUCUCUGAUUCACCUUUUCAUUUGGAAAACACUGCAGUCUCUAACGAUCCACAACAGAUUCGAGAGAUUGCUGCUAACUUUGGCAACAACAAUCCACCAAUUGUUAUUGAUAAUAAUAAUCACAAUAAUGGAAAUAAUAACACAGAUCAAUCCAAAACUGUGACUGAAAUUAUUGGCUCUUCUUCUACUUCUACUAGUACUACUACUACUAUGCAUGAUAGUGGGAACACGAUUGAUUGGACAUUUUUGAAUGGUUCAAGUAAUGACGCUAAUGUUGUUGGUUUUGAAAAUUACGGUGAUUUCUAUUGUGACAUAGAAAUGAUGCAUUCGGAUGAGUUAUUAUUGUAUUACACUGCACCACCACUUUUUGAAGAUAAUAAUAAUCAGAACGAAUUAGCCGAAGUUGAAGGUGAUAAUGAUGUUUAUGAUGAUGACCCUUUUUGUCAUCAAUCAUUCCUUUGGAGCUGGAACUUCUGA